AUGAGAAGAAGACUUAGUAUUGCAAUUGCUAUGACUGGAAAUCCUAAAGUUAUAUUUUUAGAUGAACCAACAACUGGAUUAGAUGUUGCUAUUAGAAGAGAUGUAUGGGAUUUAAUUUUAAAAAUUCAGAAAAAUAGAUGUAUUAUUAUUACUACUCAUUCUAUGGAAGAAGCUGAUGUUUUGUGUGAUAGGGUUGGUAUUAUGUCAGACGGAGAUCUUAUUGCAUUAGGUACUUGUCAAAGAAUUAGGAACCAUUAUGCACCAGGAUACUAUAUAAAAAUUGCUUCAGAAGAACGAGUACAAGUUAUUAAUUUCCUUAAACAAUUACUUGGAGAAGAUGUCGAAGUAAAAGAAGAAAGAGGUAUAUUAACAGCAAUGAUUCCUAUUGAUAAAAAAAGACUAAGUAAUAUUUUUAGUGAAAUAUUAGAACAUAAAGAAGCAUUAAAAAUUGAAGAUUGGGAAAUUCAACAAAAAGGACUCGAAGAUGCAUUUAUAGAAAUUAUUGAAGCUGAUAGAUCAAGUAAGUCAUUAAUGUAA